AUGGAAUGCACAGAAUGGUCAUCCGAUGAUGAAUGGAUGAAUGCAAUUGCAGUAGAAGAAAAUAGUCAUUCAUUUGAAAACACAACUACCGAGAACAACCUGUCAGUGACAGGAGAUAGUCAACGACAGCCAGUCAACACAACGCCUGAAAAUAUUGGACAAGAGGUUGUUGACACACCACAUGAAGAUAUACAACAAGAAUUAAAUGACACAAGGCCCGUACAGAAUGAACAAGAGGGCGAUGAUACACCACAUGAAGAUAUACAACAAGAAUUAAAUGACACAAGGCCCGUACAGAAUGAACAAGAGGGCGAUGAUACACCACAUGAAGAUAUACAACAAGAAUUAAAUGACACAAGGCCCGUACAGAAUGAACAAGAGAGCGGUGAUACACCACAUGAAGGUAUACAACAAGAAUUAAAUGACACUAGGCCCGUACAGAAUGAACAAGAGGGCGAUGAUACACCACAUGAAGAUAUACAACAAGAAUUAAAUGACACAAGGCCCGUACAGAAUGAACUAGAGGGCGAUGAUACACCACAUGAAGAUAUACAACAAGAAUUAAAUGACACAAGGCCCGAACAGAAUGAACAAGAGGGCAAUGAUACACCACAUGAAGAUAUACAACAAGAAUUAAAUGACACAAGGCCCGUACAGAAUGAACAAGAGAGCGGUGAUACACCACAUGAAGGUAUACAACAAGAAUUAAAUGACACAAGGCCCGUACAGAAUGAACAAGAGGGCGAUGAUACACCACAUGAAGAUAUACAACAAGAAUUAAAUGACACAAGGCCCGUACAGAAUGAACAAGAGAGCGGUGAUACACCACAUGAAGAUAUACAACAAGAAUUAAAUGACACAAGGCCCGUACAGAAUGAACAAGUGAGCGGUGAUACACCACAUGAAGGUAUACAACAAGAAUUAAAUGACACAAGGCCCGUACAGAAUGAACAAGAGGGCGAUGAUAAACCACAUGAAGAUAUACAACAAGAAUUAAAUGACACAAGGCCCGUACAGAAUGAACAAGAGGGCGAUGAUACACCACAUGAAGAUAUACAACAAGAAUUAAAUGACACCAGGCCCGUACAGAAUGAACAAGAGGGCGAUGAUACACCACAUGAAGAUAUACAACAAGAAUUAAAUGACACAAGGCCCGUACAGAAUGAACAAGAGAGCGGUGAUACACCACAUGAAGGUAUACAACAAGAAUUAAAUGACACUAGGCCCGUACAGAAUGAACAAGAGGGCGAUGAUACACCACAUGAAGAUAUACAACAAGAAUUAAAUGACACAAGGCCCGUACAGAAUGAACUAGAGGGCGAUGAUACACCACAUGAAGAUAUACAACAAGAAUUAAAUGACACAAGGCCCGUACAGAAUGAACAAGAGGGCAAUGAUACACCACAUGAAGAUAUACAACAAGAAUUAAAUGACACAAGGCCCGUACAGAAUGAACAAGAGAGCGGUGAUACACCACAUGAAGGUAUACAACAAGAAUUAAAUGACACAAGGCCCGUACAGAAUGAACAAGAGGGCGAUGAUACACCACAUGAAGAUAUUCAACAAGAAUUAAAUGACACAAGGCCCGUACAGAAUGAACAAGAGAGCGGUGAUACACCACAUGAAGGUAUACAACAAGAAUUAAAUGACACUAGGCCCGUACAGAAUGAACAAGAGGGCGAUGAUACACCACAUGAAGAUAUACAACAAGAAUUAAAUGACACAAGGCCCGUACAGAAUGAACAAGAGGGCAAUGAUACACCACAUGAAGAUAUACAACAAGAAUUAAAUGACACAAGGCCCGUACAGAAUGAACAAGAGAGCGGUGAUACACCACAUGAAGGUAUACAACAAGAAUUAAAUGACACAAGGCCCGUACAGAAUGAACAAGAGGGCGAUGAUACACCACAUGAAGAUAUACAACAAAAAUUAAAUGACACAAGGCCCGUACAGAAUGAACAAGAGAGCGGUGAUACACCACACGAAGGUAUACAACAAGAAUUAAAUGACACUAGGCCCGUACAGAAUGAACAAGAGGGCGAUGAUACACCACAUGAAGGUAUACAACAAGAAUUAAAUGACACAAGGCCCGUACAGAAUGAACAAGAGGGCGAUGAUACACCACAUGAAGAUAUACAACAAGAAUUAAAUGACACAAGGCCCGUACAGAAUGAACAAGAGGGCAAUGAUACACCACAUGAAGAUAUACAACAAGAAUUAAAUGACACAAGGCCCGUACAGAAUGAACAAGAGAGCGGUGAUACACCACAUGAAGGUAUACAACAAGAAUUAAAUGACACAAGGCCCGUAAAGAAUGAACAAGAGGGCGAUGAUACACCACAUGAAGAUAUACAACAAGAAUUAAAUGACACAAGGCCCGUACAGAAUGAACAAGAGAGCGGUGAUACACCACAUGAAGAUAUACAACAAGAAUUAAAUGACACAAGGCCCGUACAAAAUGAACAAGAGAGCGGUGAUACACCACAUGAAGAUAUACAACAAGAAUUAAAUGACACAAGGCCCGUACAAAAUGAACAAGAGAGCGGUGAUACACCACAUGAAGAUAUACAACAAGAAUUAAAUGACACAAGGCCCGAAGAUAUACAACAAGAUUUAAAUGACACAAGGCCCGUACAGAAUGAACAAGAGAGUGGUGAUACACCACAUGAAGAUAUACAACAAGAAUUAAAUGACACAACACCUGAAAAUAUACAACAAGGGGUAAUAGUAUCCAUUGAUGAAGAAAGUAGUGACGAUAAUAUUCCUCUAUCUCGACUGAAACAUAGGGCAACCUUCGUAGAAGAUGAGGAUAUUGAGUCUAUAAUAGAUAGUGAAGAUUCAUACAAAAACACACCACUUUCCUGUAAAGAAACUUACACAAGUCUCCAGCACCAAACUAAUAUUUUAAAAGGUCAGUCAACCAAACAGAUGGAAGAGUAUAGCAUAAUACAGUCAAUUAAAGAAGUUAGUGCACAGGAGUCAGAAUAUUUUGAAAAAGAACGAAAUCAGUGUGAACAAAAACUUGAUACAUUACUUGCUGCUAAUGGUCUUGUCAGGAAGGAAGUAUCUCCAGAUGGAAAUUGCUUUUUUAGGGCAUCGCUGCUGCACGUGCCGUAUGUUAAAGAUGAGAAUGAAUUAAGAGGAAUGUUAUGUGGACAUAUUAUAGACAACGCUAAUGAAUAUGUUGUUUUUUUUCUCAAAUAA